AUUGAUUCUCACACUCACACCAUCUUCUUCUAUCUACUACAACUAAGACACAGAAAAAGAGAGCCAAAAUGUUUGGAAUUGGAAAGAAUAUCAUAGAGGGAGCUCUGAAUACCACCGGAGAUCUUGCCGGCGCCGUUAUCGGUGCCGGUGGUAACAUUGCAGACCGGGUCACCAGCCUUGGUGGCAAGAAGAUCAAAGGGAAAGUCAUUCUUAUGCGAAGCAAUGUGUUGGAUUUCACUGAGUUCCAUUCCUCUGUUCUUGAUAGCUUCACUGAGCUGUUGGGCGGCGGCGUUUCUCUUCAGCUCAUCAGCGCCACUCAUGCUUCAAAUGACUCGCGAGGGAAGCUUGGGAGCAAGGCGUUUCUAGAGAGGUGGAUCACUUCACUCCCACCAUUGUUCGCCGGAGAAUCAGUGUUUCAAGUCAACUUUACAUGGGAAGAUGACUUCGGAUUCCCCGGAGCUUUCUUCAUCAAAAAUGGUCACACAAGUGAGUUCUUCCUCAAGUCCCUCACUCUCGAGGAUGUUCCCGGCUUUGGAACCGUCCAUUUCGAUUGCAACUCCUGGGUUUACCCUUCUGGAAGAUACAAGAAAGAUCGUAUUUUCUUCGCCAACAAGACAUAUCUUCCAAGCGAGACACCAAAUCCUCUUCGCAAGUAUAGAGAGGAAGAACUGUCGACCCUUAGAGGAGAUGGAACGGGAGAACGUAAGGAAUGGGAUAGAAUCUAUGACUAUGAUGUCUACAACGACCUUUCUGAACCAGGUAAAGAUGCCCGUCCCAUUCUUGGAGGGAGCCAAUUCCCUUACCCGCGCCGUGGAAGAACCGGGAGGCCACGAUCUAGAAAGGAUUCCAACUACGAGACGAGAUUGUCAUCAGUUUUGGGAUUAACCAUUUACGUACCUAGAGAUGAGAACUUUGGUCACUUGAAGUUGUCAGAUUUUCUUGGCUUUGCUUUGAAAUCACUUGCUUCAACCGUCCAACCAGAACUUGUAAACCUAAUAAACUUAACUCCGGGCGAGUUUGACAAAUUCCAAGAUGUUCAUGAUCUUUAUGAAGGAGGAUUUCCCGUACCCGUGGAUGUGUUUAGGAAUCUCACUAAGGGUUUCACACCACCCAUGUUCCAAGAACUUCUAAGGACCGAAAGUGAUCAACGAUUUCUCAAAUUCUCUCGUCCACGAGUUGUGAAAGAGGACAAGAACGCAUGGCAGACAGAUGAAGAAUUUGCUAGAGAAAUGCUAGCCGGAGUUAACCCUGUAAUGAUCCGUCGUCUUGAGGAAUUUCCCCCUGUGAGCAAGCUUGACCCGGAAUUUUAUGGAGAUCAAAAUAGCAAGAUAAAAGAAGAAGACAUAAAAUUCGGGUUAGAAGGACUUUCGGUUGAAGAGGCAUUGAAUGAGAAGAGAUUGUUCAUAUUGGAUCAUCAUGAUGCAUUGAUGCCAUUUCUUAGGAAAAUCAAUGGAACAUCUACCAAAACAUACGCCACAAGGACAAUACUCCUUUUGAAAGCUGAUGGCACUUUGAAGCCAUUGGUGAUUGAGCUAAGCUUGCCACACCCUCAAGGCGAUCAAUUUGGUGCUGUUAGUAAACAAUAUUUUCCAGCUGAAGAAGGAGUCCAAAAGUCCAUAUGGCAAUUGGCUAAGGCUUAUGUGGUUGUAAAUGAUGCUGGCUACCAUCAGCUUAUCAGCCACUGGUUGAAUACUCACGCUGUACAAGAGCCUUUCGUGAUUGCAACACAUAGACAUUUGAGUGUGGUUCAUCCCAUUCAUAAGCUGCUUGUUCCUCAUUACAAGGACACUAUGUUUAUAAAUGCAUUUGCAAGACAAGUCCUCGUUAAUGGCGAUGGAUUACUCGAAUCGACACAUUUUCAAGCAAAAUACGCCAUGGAGUUGUCUUCUUACAUAUACAAGGAUUGGAAUUUCGUAGAACAAGCAUUACCUGUUGAUCUCAUCAAGAGAGGUGUGGCGGUUCAGGAUGCAAAUUCCCCACAUGGACUUCGGUUACUAAUAGAGGAUUAUCCAUUUGCUGUCGAUGGACUUGAGAUUUGGUCGAUAAUCAAAACAUGGGUCGCAAACUAUUGCUCUCUUUAUUACAAAGACGAUGAGGCAAUUCGAAACGACGUCGAACUCCAAUCAUGGUGGAAGGAAGCACGAGAAAAAGGUCACGCGGAUAAGAAAAAUGAAGCAUGGUGGCCGAAGAUGCAAUCCAUUAAUGAUCUAGUUGAAAGUUGUACCAUCAUCAUAUGGAUUUCUUCAGCUCUCCAUGCAGCCGUCAACUUUGGACAAUACCCUUACGGAGGCUAUAUUCCCAAUAGACCAACUAUAAGCCGCCGGUUCAUGCCGGAAAUAGGAAGCUCUGAGUACAAAGAGCUUGAAUCAAAGCCUGAGAAGGCUUUCCUUAGAACCAUCAAUUCACAACUUCAAACACUUCUUGGUGUUUCGCUUAUUGAAAUCUUGUCAAGGCAUGCUUCUGAUGAAGUUUAUCUCGGGCAAAGAGCUAGCAUUGAGUGGACAUCGGACAAAGCCGCAUUAGAUGCCUUUGAGAACUUCGGGAAACAAGUAUUUGAAGUUGAAAAUAGAAUCAUGGAAAGGAAUAGAGAUGUCAACCUCAAAAAUCGAAGUGGGCCUGUUAAUAUGCCAUACACUUUGCUUCUUCCAUCUAGCACCGAAGGCCUCACCGGUAGAGGCAUUCCAAACAGCAUCUCUAUUUGA